CAGGCGCAGUGAGAUCGGUGUGUGUGUAUGUGUGUGUGCGUGUAUGUGUGUGUGUGCAGCUCGGCUCCGCUCUGAAUGGACUAGAUUCCCGGCCACGUAAGAAGCACAGCGGUACCACGGGAGAGAGGAUGUCCUGCUGAAUCAAGGGAUUGGCCUGGGAAAGUCGGCCGGCCGUCCCUUCCUUCCUUCCACAAGCCUUCAGCAGCAUCCACACAGCUCUUCAUUUUUCUUCCUUUUGGACCAGACGGAGGAGAAAGAGUGUUGACUCCCGCACACAAAGAGCCUCGGCAGCAGCAGCAGCAGCGGUCUUUCCGGAUGGGGCUUUCUCCUUGUAUGCUACAUGACAAUCACCGUGCACGGACGUAAUCCCGGGGAACAAGGCCGUGCACUGACCCGGCGCUCGUUAGCUUUGUAAUUAGCUCGGGAAACCAGCUUAAUUGGAUUUAAGCGUGUGCGUUUUUCUCGUUUCCCUCUCCUGAAUGCCAGGCGGUGUCCAUUUUAUUGUUUCCGUUUUAUGAAACGUGUCAGACCGUUCACCGACACCGGAUAAGCUAGCGGACUCUCCAUUGAUUCCCGGAGCUAACUUUUGAUAGCCUUUGUCUAGCCUGCUUCUUCCCCCUCCUCGGUGAAGCCGCACCGCGCUGGUUGAGCACUCAAGCCGGGGGGAACGUUUUAUUUAAUUGAUCUCACGAAUGUCUAACAAAGGAGGAGGCAGAUGAGCAUCGGGGGGGAAAUAACACCCUUUUUCGCCUGUUGACGUCCUCUAACAGCAGGUUGCAACACAUCCACAACAUUCGCAUUUUGAAUCUACUUCAUCAAGCUCCCCAAGUGAAAGGUUAGGUAAAGCGGUGCUGUGCCCGAGGGGAAGGCUUCAGUCUGCAGGAGGCAUCGCACUUGUUCCUCAUGAACAUACAGAGGUCAAAUCCAAUUAACAUUUCGCGUUAUGGGAGAUCGCGACACAAAUCGCACGAUUUUGAGGAGUUGUCUUGUUUGAGGACUACAGAGUCGCACCAGAGCUUCAGUCCCAACCUCGGCUCUCCCAGCCCGCCGGAGACCCCGGACACCUCGCACUGUGUCUCCCGCAUCGGGGACUACCUUUUGUUGGAGCCGCUGGAGGGGGACCACGUUUUCAGAGCCGCCCACCUGCACAGCGGGGACGAGCUGGUGUGUAAGGUGUUCGACAUUGGCCGAUACCAGGAGUCGCUGGCGGCCUACUUCGCCUUGGGCCAGCAUCAGCACAUUAACCAAAUCCUGGAAAUUCUGCUCGGGGAGACGCGAGCCUACGUGUUCUUCGACAGGAGCCAUGGCGACAUGCAUUCUUUUGUUCGCACCUGCAAGAAGCUGCGAGAGGAUGAAGCUGCCAGGCUCUUCCACCAGAUAGCCUCGGCUGUGGCACAUUGCCAUGACAACGGACUGGUCCUCCGUGACCUCAAACUGAGGAAGUUUGUCUUCAAAAAUGAGGACAGAAAUCUUGUAAAGCUGGAGAGCCUUGAGGACUCUUAUAUCCUUGCUGGUCUCGAUGAUUCCCUCUCAGACAAACAUGGCUGCCCGGCCUACGUCAGUCCAGAGAUUCUCAACGCCAACGGCAGCUAUUCGGGCAAGGCAGCUGACGUCUGGAGUCUGGGUGUCAUGCUCUAUACCAUCCUGGUGGGACGUUACCCCUUCCACGACGUCGAGCCGGGAUCUCUGUUCAGCAAAAUUCGCAGGGGCCACUUCAACAUCCCAGAGACGCUGACGCCAAAGGCCAAGUGCCUGAUCCGCUCCAUCUUGCGUCGGGAACCGGCAGAGCGCCUCACCUCUAGGGAGAUACUGGAGCACCCUUGGUUCACCUCUUCCGGGGCGCUAGGAGGAUCUCAAGUGCACGGGAGAGCGGAAAGGGAGCAGGAGCAGAUGGUGCCUGAGGUGAACAUGGAGGAAGAGUUGGAGCAUUUCUUGAGCUGAACACAUUCAAAAAAACAAGAGUAAACAAAAAAAAAAAAAAAAAAGCAAAGCACAAACGAGACAUCGCCACGGUCUAAGCAGAGCCAACAGCCGUAGUUUAGAAAUAAAUCGGUGAAUUUGUCUCUCAUAACGAAGGCGUUUCCAUCCUGUUUUCCUUUCUCCACCAUCUCAUGGAAAACCUUGAGCCCGGCAUGACUAAUGACAUCUAGACAUCAUCAGGCGGCGCGCCCCGACGGAGGGGGCGGCGCUGCCACACGUGCAAGUUGCAAACAAUGUAGCAAAAGUUGUUUUUAAUCACUUAGCUUUGUUUUCUUGUGGUGCUCACACAACGUUGACACAUUUUUGACACUAUUGAAAGCAUGAAGGGACUUGUGGACAUAAGGACAAUUCUGAGUGGACUGAAGCACCACACCUCUUAGAUUUUUUUUUUGGUCAUCACUGUGGCUCGUAAUAAAUUCGAAACCACAGCUCCAGAGUCAGAAACGGCGAUCCCGACUCCUGACCUGGGACCAUUCGUUAGGCUUUUUGUCUUUAUCAUAAACACAAAUGUUCGACCUCAUCUUUGUUUUGCAUAACGGUAAAUUCUGACACAGUCACUGAACUCCUUGGUGGCCUUUUUUAUUUACGGUUCUGCCUCUUUUUUUCUCAGUAUCACCUCUGUCGUUUACUCCGUUUGUUUCUAAGCUAGUGCUGCUGCUUUCUUUCCCUGAAUCUUCCAUUUGUUUUGUAUUCAUCCCAACAUGUCAUCAAGCACUUAGUGCGUUCAAUUAAGGCGGUUCCCACCUCUUAAAAAAUUAGCUUCCAAUAUUUAAAUUCAUUUUUCACUUGUAGGAACGAGAACGUAUCGUUUUUAUUUAAAUUGUAACAGCUAUAUAAAUAUAUAUAAAUAAAUAAAUAUAAAUAUAUAUUUAAAGCUACAUAGCAGGGUACUUCUUUAUCAAGAGAUUCCUUUUUUUCAUGACGUAUGAUGUAGGCAAUAUCGCGACACAGGACAGGCACGACGAGGACACUGAGUCUGUCUGAAGUUUUCGAAAACGUGAUCUCAUCUAUGCCAGUAGUCCUGCGCCCCAACAGGCCAUGCCACCCAGUCUCCCUCACUACUUCUUAGAAUAAAAGAAGACUAAAAAACUUGAUAUGAGAUAUUCAGUGGUAGAACUGCUCGCUCCAUGACCUCAUGUUAGUUUUCCUACUGCCUGUGUAGGGUAUGUGAAACCAUCACGCUCGGAAUGGGUACCAGUGGAGAUGUUUCGUUGUAUCUCAAUGUUACUUGAAUUUGUGUUUUUUAGAUCUAGUCAUUGGCAUGUGCUCCAUGGAUGCUGUAGCCUGCCUAGUGAGGGGUAGGGUGGGGGGUUGAGGGGUAGGAGGAUGCUUGUUUCAGUUCUUUAAUUUUUUUUCUUCUAAGCUAAAAAAAAGAGGGGGGAAACUUAAUAUUAUUUUUCCUUUUCCUGAAAUGCUUUUUUUAAAACAGCUAUUUCCACUGUUUUUGUAGACCGAGCUACCUUUUUAUUUAAGUUGGUGCUAAUGUUUAGUCUUUUUUUUUUUGUUCCUUGGAGGGGGUGGGGGGUGGUGAUGCAUGGUGGGAUAUCUGCCUCAGAUGUUCUGAUUGUAUUGUAACAGAUUCUGGUGUUUUGUCCAAAUUUAUUCAGUAAAUAAAAUUGUGAUCUGCUAUUUGA